AUGGUCUCACUAGAAGACCGAUUACUCCACGUGGCCAAACACUCCUGCGCCGGGUCUCUGAACUAAUUGACCCAGAGAGUGGUGAUUGGGAUCGGCAGUUAAUUAAGUCGAUUUUUUGGGAGGAGGACGUGAUUCGCAUCUUGCGUAUCCCAGUUAAGCAAGACAUGGAGGAUUUGCUAGCCUGGCAUUAUGAUAAGAAGGGGAUAUUUUCAGUGAAAUCAGCCUAUCAUGUGUUGGAUGAUGGCAGGACACGAGAUAGAUGUCGCCAGCGUGGGGAAGGCAGUGGAAGCACAACAUCACCAAAGGCACCUGAGUUUAGUUGGAAAAGAAUAUGGCAGCUAAGAUGUCCACCAAAAAUUCGUCACUUUUUAUGGAGAUUUACCCACAACAGUUUGCCGUUGAGAAUGAACAUUGCUAGAAGAGGGAUGGAAAUUGACACUAGAUGCCCUGUCUGUUGGAGGUUGGGUGAGGAUGGUGGCCAUUGUUUUCUACGCUGCAAAUAUGUCAAGGAGUGCUGGAGAGCAAUGAACUUGGAAGGAAUCAGGAUCAGGCUGAGCACUUUGUUGGGUGCAGAACAGGUCUCAGAUUGCAUCCUGUCUCUAAAAGAGGAAGAGAAGAUGGCAACGAUUGGCCUGCUCUGGUCAUGGUGGAAUGCUCGGAACAAAGCUAAUGCUGGAGAGCAGAGAAGAUCCACUGAUGAGGUGACUUUUAGUGCACGUAUGGCUAUGAUAUCCACUGCAAAUGAUAAGGGACCUAGGCCAGUAUCUGGGGGCCGAGCUUGCAGUUGGGAUGCACCACCAGAAGGUAUUUGGAAAAUAAACAUAGAUGGUGGCUUUUGUGAGGAGAACAAAAGGGGUGCCUGGGGCUUUGUGGUGCGGGACUCUGAAGGAAAGGCGGCUAUGGCAGGUGCUGGAUGUAUGGAAGUUGUUGCAGAUGCACUAUGUGCUGAAGCACAUGCAUGCGUCGAAGCUCUGAAAGCGGUUGCUAAAGUGGGAAUGCAGAGCAUUUUGUUGGAGACAGACUCGCAAUUAUUGGUGAAAGCUCUGAAGUCGAAGGAGCAUGAUCAAGCACUCGGUGGAGUACUCUUCAGAGAGGCAAAGUUUCUUAUUGCAACCUUGUUUAAUUCAGUUAGUGUAAAAUUCGCCACCCGUUCUUGUAACUAUGCUGCUCAUGAGCUAGCUAAGCUUGGUCGUUAUCGGGACCCGGAACAUCCUGCUGUUUGGAUGGAUCCCCUCCCUGACUUUGUAAACUUGGCUUUGGCUUGCGAUCUGGCUGAGCCUGGGGUUAAUAUAUAA